AUGGCGCGCAAAACGUACAACAUCGCCAUGGUCAGCGACUUCUUCUUCCCGCAGCCCGGCGGCGUCGAGUCUCACAUCUACCAGCUCUCGAGCAAGCUCAUCGACAGAGGCCACAAGGUCAUCAUCAUCACCCACGCCCACGACGACCGCAAGGGCGUCCGCUAUCUCAACAACGGUCUCAAGGUCUACCAUGUGCCCUUUCUCGUCAUCUACCGGCAGGCCACUUUCCCCACCGUCUUCUCCUUCUUCCCCAUACUGCGGAAUAUCUGCAUCCGCGAGCGCAUCGAAAUCGUCCAUGGCCAUGGCAGUUUGAGCUCUCUCUGUCACGAGGGCAUCCUGCAUGCCAGAACCAUGGGGCUGAGAACUGUGUUUACGGAUCACUCGCUCUUUGGGUUCGCGGAUGCUGCGAGUAUUCUGACAAAUAAGCUGCUCAAGUUCAUCUUGAGUGACGUGGAUCACAGCAUCUGCGUGAGCCAUACAUGCAAGGAGAACACCGUUCUGCGCGCCUCUCUCGAUCCCCUCAUGGUAUCCGUCAUCCCCAACGCCGUCGUCGGCGAAAACUUCCGCCCCCGCGACUAUCCAGCGCCGUCGGAACAAGGAGCAGGCUUCAGGGCCGAGCCGUCCCCGCGCCUGCUCGGCCCCGACGACAUGAUCACCAUCGUCGUCAUCUCGCGCCUCUUCUACAACAAGGGCACCGACCUCCUGACCGCGGCCAUCCCGCGGAUCCUCGAAAACCACCCCAACACGCGCUUCAUCAUCGCCGGCUCGGGCCCCAAGGCUAUUGACCUGGAGCAAAUGAUUGAGACCAACGUGCUGCAGGACCGCGUCGAGAUGCUCGGCCCCAUCCGCCACGAGGACGUCCGCGACGUCAUGACCCGCGGCCACAUCUACCUGCACCCGUCCCUCACCGAGGCCUUUGGCACCGUCAUCGUCGAGGCCGCCUCGUGCGGGCUCUACGUCGUCUGCACCCAGGUCGGCGGCAUCCCCGAGGUCCUCCCCUCGCACAUGACGACGUUUGCCAAGCCCGAGGAGGACGACAUCGUCGCCGCCACGGGCAAGGCCAUCACCGCCAUGCGCGCCGGCAAGAUCCGCACCGAAAAGUUCCACGACGAGGUCAAGAAGAUGUACUCGUGGUCCAACGUCGCCAUGCGCACCGAGCGCGUCUACGACGGCAUCUGCGGCACCAUCAGCGAGGAGGAGUUUUACGGCUUCGACACCAGCGGGUACAACAACGGCAGCCGCAUCCGCGACUUUGCCCUCAUUGAUCGGCUCAAGCGCUACUACGGCUGCGGCAUCUGGGCCGGCAAGCUCUUUUGUCUGUGCGUCGUCGUCGACUAUCUCUUCUUUUUGUUCUUGGAGUGGUGGUUCCCGAGGGAGAAUAUCGACAUUUGUCCCGACUGGCCCAGGAAGCCGCCUGCAAAGGACAAGGCGCAGGAUUCGAUGAAGAUUGCAAUGAGCCGGUCGACUUCGUCCGUUCGAGGUCCGAAGCUGGAUCGGUGA